CAUAACAUUAUAGUAUAGACUAGAACAACCUGAUGAAAUACAAAGUCUUCUCAGAGAAUUCCGGUGACAGGUGUUGAUUCGUUCGAAAAUCCCCACGCCGUCUAAAUUGACUCCCCUUACUAUGUACAUACUGCGGAUCCGUACUCGAGGGUGGUUCUGUAGGUCGCCCUGCUGCCUGGCGCCUCCGCGCUUCUGGCUUUCUCCUCACCUGGGGUCCACAUAUGCUGAUGACACUGGAGCGCAUGAUACAUUGGGGUGAUUCAUAUGGCUGGGGUCAAUUGCACCACUUGAGGUGUAACGAUUCCCACAACAACGAGGCACACAGGUAGUCCAAGCGUCUUAUCUAGAUUAUCUGGUAUUAUUCCCAAAUUAACGCUGAUUGAAUCCGUCAUGGCCAUCAAGAACGUUGCCCUUGUUGGUGCCAACGGUAACUUGGGCGGGCCGAUCCUGGAGGCUCUUAUCAACUCGAAGCUCUUCAACGUCACAAUCCUAAAGCGAGCAUCAUCAAGCUCAAACCCUACGCCGGGUUCAAAUGUUCGCGUUGUCGACAUCGAUGAUGGGAUGUCACUCGACAGCCUCAGGUCGGCCCUGGAAGGCCAGGACGCAUGCAUUGCUAGCUUUCCACUGAAAGACACCGAACAGCACCUGCGUCUUGUUGAUGCGGCUGCCGCAGCGGGCGUCAAACGCUUCAUCCCUGCUGACUACGGCAGCUGCGACUCGAACAGCGAGCAGGCUCAAGAACUUGUUCCUCUGUUUUUGAACAAGGUCCGCGUGCGUGAGCGUUGCCAGGAACAUGCGAAGGACAAUCCCAAUUUCACAUGGACGAGCCUUGUAGCGGGUCACUUCUUCGAUUGGGGUCUGAGGGAGAACUUUCUCCAUUUCAAUAUCGAUACGAAGACGGCGGAUAUUCUGGACGAUGGCACAUAUAGGAGCUCCACCUCGACGCUCGCGCGCAUCGCAGAGGCCGUGGUGAAGGUCCUGCGGGACGAGGAUGUGGGCCGUAACAAAAUGCUUUUCAUGCAGAGUUUCUGUGUAUCACAGUUGGACGUGCUGGCAUCGCUCGAGAAGGCUACAGGCGAGAAGUGGAAGGUCAACUGGCUCAAGUCGAACGAGUUUAUCAAGGAGAACAAGGCCAAAGCCGACGGAGGUGAUAGGGAUGCCAUUGAGCACCUUGUGUUCGCGCUGGGUGCUAUAGAUGGUGACUGGGAGAAGAAAGAUGGCUUUGCCAUGGACGCCCUGGGCCUCCGGAACGAGGAUCUGGAUGAAGUAGUCCAGAAGGUGGUAUCUGAGGUUCGAUCAUCCUAGAUCACCGCACAUGACGUCUUGGGCUGCAUGCUUCAUGCCUAUGGAUGAUGCCUCGGCCCAGGUUCUGUCACAAUCACAUGCGCCUAGACAGCAUAAGCGAGAGAGUGGAAUUCAUAGACGAGCUAGACAAUUGAACCAUGUUCUAGAUGCAA